UUCUUCCGCCACGAGAGAAAGGCUUCUGCUCUGCCACUCAGAGAAGAGAGAGAAAAGAGAAGGAAAAUGCACCGAUUGCCAUCUCCAUUUUUGAUAGUUCUAUCAGUCUUGAUUUUCGCUUCUAGUCUCUGCAAUGCAUUGUAUGGUCCAUCAUCUCCUGUCGUCCAGCUAAGCCCUUCCAAUUUUAAGUCCAAGGUCCUGAACUCAAAUGGAGUUGUUUUGGUUGAGUUCUUUGCACCAUGGUGUGGGCAUUGUCAAAAACUUACACCCACGUGGGAGAAGGCAGCUACUGUCUUGAAAGGUGUUGCAACUGUGGCAGCACUUGAUGCUGAUGCGCAUAAGUCGCUUGCUCAGGAAUAUGGUAUUCAGGGUUUUCCUACCAUAAAGGUGUUUGUGCCUGGGAAGCCUCCAGUAGAUUAUCAAGGACAAAGGGAAGUCAAACCUAUUGCUGAAUUUGCACUACAACAGAUAAAGACAGUUUUGAAGGAGCGCAUUAAUGGAAAAUCAACUGGAGGAUCUAGUGAGAAGUCUGAAUCUGCAUCAGUUCAAUUAAACUCCCGCAAUUUUGAUGAGUUGGUGCUUAAAAGCAAAGAACUGUGGAUUGUGGAGUUCUUUGCACCUUGGUGUGGACAUUGUAAAAAAUUAGCCCCCGAAUGGAAGAAGGCUGCUAAUAGCUUGAAGGGGAAGGUGAAGUUGGGUCACGUUGACUGUGAUGCAGAGAAGUCUCUGAUGAGCAGGUUCAAUGUGCAAGGAUUUCCUACCAUCUUUGUGUUUGGUGCUGAUAAAGAUACUCCAAUCCCUUAUGAAGGUGCCAGAACUGCCUCAGCUAUCGAAUCAUUUGCUCUGCAGCAGCUGGAAACCAAUGUUGCGCCACCUGAAGUGACUGAGCUAACUGGCCCAGACGUAAUGGAAGAGAAGUGUGGUUCUGCUGCCAUUUGUUUUGUUGCUUUCUUACCUGACAUUUUGGACUCCAAGGCAGAAGGAAGGAACAAGUACCUUGAGCAGUUGUUAUCAGUUGCUGAGAAGUUCAAAAGCAAUCCAUACAGCUAUGUUUGGACAGCUGCAGGUAAGCAGCCAGAUCUUGAGAAGCGUGUAGGUGUUGGUGGAUACGGGUAUCCAGCUCUGAUAGCAUUGAAUGUGAAGAAAGGAGCAUAUGCCCCACUCAAAAGCGCAUUCGAGCUUGAACAUAUUAUAGAGUUUGUUAAAGAAGCUGGGCGUGGCGGAAAGGGGAAUUUGGCUUUGGGCGGUACACCAGAAAUAGUGAAGACUGAGCCAUGGGACGGCAAAGAUGGAGAGAUCAUUGAAGAUGAUGAGUUCUCUCUUGAAGAACUAAUGGGAGAAGAUGCUGGAAGUAAGGAUGAGCUAUGACAAAAUAAAUUAGUUGAGGAAGAGAAUGAAAAUCCAGGCUAUAAACGAUUUUGAUAUUAUAAGCAAUGUGUAUGGAUUGUUAGUAAUGGCACUGGAUUUUGAUGACUUCUUUUGGCCAUGGUGAAAAAGGUUGCUUUUUAGGACGUUUGUCCAUCUUGUCCGGUUACUAAUGAUCUUCACUGCCUACCUUAAUUAAUAAUUAUUUUAUGUUAA